AUUAACAUGCUUCGAGAGCCGCCGUGUAGCAAAAUCUACUUAACGUAGUUUGUCGCCUUCCGGAAGCCCGCGUUAGUAGGGAAACUGUAGCUUAUCAGUCGAGGGUGUCUGUAAAAUAGGAAUGUCGCUUAGGAUCGGGCAGUAUCCCUGAGCUGUGGCUGCGCGCGGAAAGGCUUGUGUUUUUGCUGUAAGUUUCUCGAUCCCCCUUGUGGUUCCCUCAGCGUGAUCGUACAACCACAAGGUUUUCAAGCGUGGACUUACGUGGGCCCUGUUCUGCUGGCUUAUACCCUCACUGCACGCCAGCAAGAGGACCGCUUUGUAUUUCGCGGCAUGGUUCAAGCAGGCGGCCAGCCGUUUGUCAUGUGUGAUUUAUGGCGAAGUCUAAUGGCAUGCAACCCGAUCGUAUAAGGAUCAAAGGAUCAUACAUCAUAGUUCACGACUCGGUGGAUAGUGUAAUAAAAUAUUUGCCGUAAAAGGAUUUCGGUGGACCUGUCAGUGCACCCUGAAACCAGAUCCUCUUCUCUGGCAAAUUGCGGUACACUGUCGGUGGACAGUUGGGAUUACAAUCAAACUUUCACACUUGAACAAAGUGCACGUUGAUACGCGGGGACGUUUGCUCUGCUGUGGUCCAAAACAGAAUUUUAUUACAACUAAUAAAAAGGGAUUUCGCAAAGUGAGAUUUCGAAAUUGAUGAUUCGUCCGGAAGUGAAUGUCUUAGCUUUUAUCCCGUCUUGGUUAUAUCGUUUUCAAGGCGAGCAGCGCAACAUGUCCAGAUACCACAUCUCUAGCCUCCUGGACUGGAUAUAUGGAGGCGUGGACCCUAAGUUCGAGGGCAAUGGGGGACCUGAAUGUGCCGCCUUCCUUACCUCUAAACAACGCUGGGUUGAGAGUCUCGUCAUUGUCAUAAUAUCUAUCUUCGAGAUCGUACUGGCACUGAGGAUGAUUCAGGUAUCCAAAGAACUGAAAGAAGCUACCAGGAACGAACGACACUCCAAAGAAGAGAGCCUGGGCAAGAACGUGCUGCUUGUCGCGGUCUGUUUAACUUUCGGAGUGGAGGUGGGCUUCAAGUUUGCCACCAAGACCAUCAUCUACCUACUUAACCCGUGCCACGUCGUUACCAUGUUGCAGAUUUUUCUGCUUGCUUGUCCUCCCUGUAAAACUGCAACCAUUGUAUUUCGGUUACAAAUGCAUAUGCUUAAUGGAGCACUCUUGGCAUUAUUGUUUCCCGUUGUCAACACAAGGCUGCUGCCCUUCGAGAUGGAGGUCUACUACAUCCAGCACAUCAUGCUCUAUGCUGUACCGAUAUACUUGCUCAGGAAGGGAGGUGUUUACAAGCCUGAACCUUUGGCACAGUUCUGGUGGUCUUUUCUUUCGACUGGCCUCCUCUUCUUCUAUCAUUUCACAUUCUUACAAGUCCUUGGGCUGGUUACUGAAGUGAACCUGAACAACAUGCUCUGUCCAGCAGUCUCAGAUCCUUUCUAUGGUCCCUGGUAUCGGAUCUGGGCAUCGGGACAUCAGACAAUCAUGACAAUGACUCACGGAAAACUGAUCACGCUCUUGUUCCACCCUGCUAGUCCAAUCUACAAAUGCGUCACAGAUGUGAUCACACUGCGGACUAAGAAAAUUGCUUGAUAAUCUUCUUAGAAGUUGAGUGUUUACAGCUUAAUGCAAGAAAGAUGACAAGACAGAAAAAACAAACAAACAAACUGUAAUGUGCUUCUAGUGUGGCAUUCAGAUUAGACCAGCAUAUUCAGGUCUUCACUGCCCAUACCAUUCUAGUGGCCUUGCCUCCAUUUUGAAAAAGCUUAGUUGGCCAUCUUUGUGUUUCUGUAAUUCCAAAGCCGGUAGUUUUAAGUUAGUCAUUCUCUAAAGGGACCAUUUGUAUUUUUUAAGGCCUUCUAGCCUCCUCCUCAUUAGAUACCAAAAUGUUUUCAUGUUCUUAACAUAAAUGCUCCAUAUUGCACAACGUUUAAACAAAACAAUCUGCCAAUAACUUCACGAUUCUUAAGACCGUUAAUUUAUUAUAUUUAUUAUUGGGUCAGAGGUAAAAAGGUAACACAUUUAUUGUUCAUUCAGCAGAGACCACAGUUUUUGAGCAGUAAUGUAUGAAAUGCCGGUGAAGUUAAAAAUCUGAAAUACGGAGUGCAGUUUCUAUUCCAUAUCGACCCUUCGCUCAAAUGCACAGAGCGACUUUUUAUUUUAUUUUUUUUUAACCGGAGACAUUUCUUUUGGAAUAAAACUGAAAUGGGAGAACUUGUAGUCCAUGCAUUACUGAAAAUUAUUUGUAGCAAGUUGUAUUUCUGUUUGCUCAGAUGAGGUCGAGUGGAACAGACGCCCGCCCGCCCGCUCUUUUACAGCCAGCAGACAGUGGCAGUUUCAUUCAAGUUUACUGGAGUAGUCGAGAGGAGUAUUUGUGCCCGGUUUAGUUUUUUUACGAUGUAUUUGAUACCUUGCGAUAACAAAGGGAACGCAUGCAGGUCUGAACGUUUGAAACAAAUGGUAUCCUUGGUGGUACGCAUCUUACUUGGGAUGGAUACAGGAGUUUGACGUGACAUUCUUCACUUGCGCAACUCAAACACAAAGUCGCAUCAAAUGGAACUUUUGCUGAUUAGCAAGUGAACGCGUCCCCAGUAGGUAGGUUUUUAGUUCAAACUUGUGCUCUAUGCCUUACAUUCUAUUUUAAACACAGCAAAUGAACACUUGAAGGGAUUUUAUUACAGGUUUACGGUAUUGGGCCUCGGGUUGUUUUAAGAAUCAGUGGGUUGAGAUAUCGCUAUUUUUCCUUCGAUUGAUCGGAGCUCAUUCACUGUUUUAUGGUGAAGCAGUUACACUCAGACACUUAAAUGAAGCUUUAUCUAAAAAGGGUUAUUUUAUUUAAAUCCUAAAAAGUUUCUAAAACAAUUGGCUAUAAAAAGGAAAUCUACUUACUAUAGAAAUGAAGCCAAAAGCUAAAGAGUUUCACAAUUUAGACGUUGAAUGACAUCAUGUAAGGAAGAUCAGCAGUGGUUUGGCCAACUGCAUCUAAGCAGAGGGAAUAAUCAAGCAGGCUAUGAUAUUCACUUCACGCAGAUCAAAACAGAGGACAACUUGUUACAAAAUCACUUCCAUAGGCAGUCAUUCAUUUAGGCUUUGUAUCGUAGCCUCAUUUUAUGCAUUGCAGAUGCCAUUUGGAGAUCGAGAAGGUCUCCUCCCAGCAUGUUACCAGGCAAAGAUGGGUACAGCUUCCUAACUGCAAUUCUGCCAGAGGGGUGAUGGAGUUGGCAGCAGGUGACAGACUUUAGAGCUGGACAUACUGGAGGAGUUGGCCAUCAGAUGCUAGUUAUGAGACCUUAAAGCAGGGGUGUCCAACUCCAGGUCUGGAGGGCCGCAGUGGCUGCAGGUUUUCAUUCUCAUGCUUUUCCUAAUCAGUGACCUGCAGUUUUCACUGCUAAUUAACGUCUUUUCACUUCAUUUCAAUAGCCCUGUUUUUAAGGAUUCAGCCCGCUGAAUUGAUUGGUUUCUUCGUGAAAUGGCAGCCAAAUAGAAAUGAGACACGAAACGAGCCAACAGAUGAGCAGCUAAACUGGGAUUUCAAACUCCAACCAAUCUCUUAAUGAAAGCUGAUUCUUGCUGUUAAUUAAGCCCGUGAUUUAAUUUUGUGGCCUGUUGCUGCUCUCAUUCUGCCACAGCAGACAUUUCCAAAUCUGUUGAUUUUCUGUUUGUCAAAAUUUUUGGUGACCUGAGAGAUCAGCCUUACCGAGACCUUCACCUCUCUUUAAUUUCAGAUAUUGUGUGCUGGGCACAGGGGAGCCGGUCAUGUGGCGGAUCGUUGUGUGUCUCUUUAUUGUUUGGCUGCAAAUUAAAAAGAGAGACAGCUAAGGGGCCUGAGUCAAGUUAAUUAAAACUAAAGCAAAAGAAGUUCAUUAGCAUUAAAAACUGGUCACUAAUGAAGGAGAUGGUCAGAAUGAAAACCUGCAGCCACUGCGGCCCUCUAGGCCUCAGGGGUAUUUUUCAUACGUGGAUUAGUCGUUUAGCCGGAUGUAUUUGUUGACGAUUUGGCCUGAUCCUGGAUCUGUCGGUUUUUCGAAACUCUUGCUGGAAGUGUUGUCAUAGCAACACAUCCUAAUCCUCAAAGCUGCUCGGAGCAGUUUGUUCUACCUAAACAAGGAUUACUUUACACACGUAAUCAGUGUCCGUGCGUGGAAUUCAUCCAGUCAUGGCUUCGCCGUUCAUGAAUGAGCGACCAAUUGAUAUCGGUGCACAAAUUAUAAGACGAGAAUUUCAAAUAGAGAGGGUUUGUGCGAUCGGCAAGAUCCUUUAUUGCUCUCGGAGGAAAUUCUUUUCGAAAGAUACCACUUUAGCCGAGGGGGAAUAUUGUACCUCAAAGAUUUAUUAGUACCUUAUAUUCGAAGUCAAACUCGGCGAAGUCGGGCUCUCACAGUCACACAGACAGUAUGCAUUGCUUUGAGGUUUUUUACAAGCGGCACUUUUUUUAUAUACUGUAGGCGAUGAGGAAAAUCUAACUAAAAGUGUAGUUUGCCAGGCAAUUCGUAAAGUUUGUUUGGCUCGGAAAUAUUUCCUUCGGGUUUUCAUGGUGUUUCCUGAACACCUGCGUGUGCAGACAAUAAGAGAGGCGUUUCAUGCCAUUGCAGGUAGGCAACACACAGGCAAAAACACCCACAGUUCCAUAAAGAAUCUCACAAUCAGCCUAACGUUCUCAUUACCAGGAUUUCCAAAUGUGAUUGGGGCACAUGGGACUGAUCAGAGUGGAGUUUGGUCAAACAUUAUUUGGAAAAUGUACCUCUCCUCCUGAUGAAUAAUCAGACACAGUGUCUUCAUCAAAUAUUUGACCUUUGUCAAUAUCUCGUUGGUCAGACACAAGUUCAAGGGAUAUGACAUUCCCUGCAACUGACCCAACAAAAAAGAGGGCUACAUGGAACAUACCUAUGGCACACAUGGAGGACAAAUAUAUGCAAUGACCAUCCUUUACCUGAAAUGAAGUGACCACUGCAUCCUGCCACUGGUUCUGAGGAGGAGCUUCCCCCUGGAAUGCCCUCAGAAACAGGGCGAUGGGCAUUUUGCUGGAGAGCCAACUCUUCAGCAGGGGUUAGGUCUGGACCGCGUGGACCUCCAGCUGUUUUUUGCUUAUCUGCCUUCUUAUUAGCUUUAAAAUUAAUUAAAUUUGGGCUGCUUUUGCAGUGUUGCCCCUUGUGCAUAUUAAAUCUUGAAAUUCUUCAUGUCCUUUGAAUAAAAGGUCUUGCGCCGCGUGUGUGAAAAAAAAAUGCGCCCGUUCUUUCGUCAUUUUGUUACAGCCUAUCAAAGACUUGCUGAUCAUGUUUUCUAGACUCAUAUGGGCUUUUCACUCAGCGCAGGCGCGCGCAUUCAUCUCGGAUGAUUAGAUCCAGCUCGACUAAUUUAAUACACGGCUGUGUUUGAAAAACCGACUUAUCCUGGAUGAGUGUCACCGGCAUUAACUUAUCCAAGAUGAGGCACCUGAUCUCAGAUGAUUUAAGCGACGUACGAAAAAUCCCCCCCUGGAGUUCGACACCCACGCCUUUUCUCGAGGCUGUAAUUUAGGGGUCCAAACACACAACCUCUGAUCGAGAAUUCAUGUACUCCUAGACCCCCAAAUGUGCUAAAUCAGCACUUUUGCUUGAAGUUUGGUGCUAUGACAUUGCUUACGACAACAGCAUUUUAUACCUUGGACAGACUCCUUUUUAUUUGUUGACAAAACAAGCCAGUAGUUUAGUCAUUAAUACAAGAAGCAUUUGUAAUUUGUAUUUAUUUUUGAGAAUAUUUGGUGCAAGAGCCAACCUUAAAAAGUUAACGUUAAAAUUCAGUAACGUUGGGUAUGUUGGAGAAGUGAGAACUAUGUAGUUGUUGAUGACAAAAAGCGUAUUUCUGUUUUUAUUGUUUUAUUUAGUGUAGUGAUUGAAGUAAUUCUAGGAGAAAUGUUUAUUUGGUGUUUGCAGGCCAUUAUUUGAAUAUUUUAGAGAUGCUAGCAGUCCCUGGCUUCUCUCGACAGUCGACGCUCUACAACAGCAGCCAUUGGACUCCUCAUUUAAACAUCGACUUGUUGAGGGACGUCAUUUGAUUAGAAAGGAUGGCCACGAUGGCUUCCGGUCUAUUGUGGAGAUUUUGGAGGGUCCGCUUCCCAACGUAUUUGCUGUCGAUGGUACGUUUUUGAUUGUGUGCUGCGUUUUGCUCAAGUUUGUCUCUCGGGUUGUGUGGUGAUCUUUGUUUUAGUGUUUGUGAUGCACAUGGAAGUGAUGGAUUCUGCUGUUCAAAACGAGCAUGGCAAUGUCUUAUUUGAGUGUGUUGUAUUGUGAAAGAGAUUUAUUUCACCAAAAAUAACACUGCGACAUUUUUGUUACCAUUUAUCGUUGUGCGUACCCUGAACGGAUUCUGGAUGAUCAUAAAAAAGUUCACAAGUAGUCGUCACGCUUCGCCGUAAUGGUAACAACCUGAAGUACCAGGAUGAAGGAGUCUACCACCGCCCUGUCAAUGAAUAAGUGGAAUUUGUUCUUUUCCAGUCAGCUGCAGUUUCAUUCACUUUUCAUCUUUGUUCAUGUUCGGUCGUGUAGGCCUGUAUCGAAGGCAGACUUUGGGCACACUCCGUGUCUUCCUCCGUGAUCGAGCCUGUUGCCUUCUGCUACGAUUCGUGAGACUACAUCCGUGUGAGAUCACAGGACUGUAUUUACUUGACUCGGCUCUAAUCGACACUGGUUUGAAUGGUAGAAUUAACAUGUGAUCAUUCAUCAAAACUCGCUGCAUUAUGGGAAAGAAAAAAAAAAGUCGUCCAGCUCAGUCUGAAGACACCACAACCCGGAGUCGUUCACCGUGUGUCACCAAAUUCAGCCAGUGGCUCAGUCGAGGGGCCGAGGCGAAGUUCUGUUUGUUGGACGAAUCCGAGAGGUGAGCUCAGAGGUCACAUGAUGGCUGCUGCUUACCCUCCCAGUAGAAAUGAUGAAUUUGUCUUUAGCACCGCAGUUUCCAGUGUCACGUUAUGCAGUCUUAGGGAUGACGGUCAUUGGCAAUUCACUUAAGAUGUUAAACACCACAAUAAUGCCUUCGUAGUCAAUUAUUUUAAAUUAAAAUGUGUGUUAACUAUUCACAGUUUCGGUUUCUUCUUCUCCCACUGAUUAUUUAGGACGAUGGCUACUGUGACCUGUUGUAUUUGGUGGAAAAAUCAAAAGUGACCCUGUGCUUUUACAUUGUGUAAAUGUUAUUUUGUCAAAUAAAUGAGUGAAACCUUUUGCA